GUGGAGGACAUUGAAAGCAAACUGGACAUGCUCCUGGAUAUGUACAAAGAAGAUAGGAAGCUGCUGCAACAACAUCUCAACAUCUCUCAGAAAGGUGCUAUCCAAGUGGGGCCAUCCCAUCCACCACCACCGUCACCACCUGCUCCGUCGUCCCAGUUCAAGCCACGCCCCAUUUUAAUUGACAAGCAAUUCACCAGCGAACCAGCAACGCCUACAGGAGUUGGAUUUGCAAGUUCUCCUCGUGGGCGGUUACAUGGGAUUAAACCUGGCAUUCAAAGAAACCUCUCUGAUUUGAGUCAACGAAUCAAAAAACGUGUAACAUAUCGAGGGCUGUACCUACAAGACCCGCCUUCCCGAGCUCAGUCCGCCGCUAAUUUUGCUUCCAUUCAACCUUCAACCUCAAUGACGACUUCGAGGACAACCGCGACAAGUCCUGAUGAAAUUUCAUCAACGACGGUGUCAGAAAAUACUCGAGACGAAAGUAGUGAAAACAUCAUUUCACUAAAUGAUAUUGAUUCGCCGCUGAUCUUGGACAUCAGAACAAUCACAGGGUAUUCAAAGCACGAAGCUGCUUCUUGUGCUCAGGUAGGAGCGUUAGAUUCAGCUGCAUCACUUUUCAACAUGGAAGAAACAUUCUUUUUUGGCAACUCUAAUGUUUCUCCGGGCUUGACAAGCGUUCAGCAGGUACGCAUGUCGUCUCCUUUAAACUCGCCCUUAAUGCGAGUUAAAAUUCUUUCAACUUUGAACGAACAGCUAAGUUUAGAAUCUGACACCAGCCAAUCGUGUAACAGCUCAUCUCCGCCCACUCCUCCAACCAAUCAAACUGCUGCUGAUGUUUACCACAAAACACCCCAAAGUUCCGUGCACCAAUCACCUUUGAUUCAACGUCAGAGAUAUUUUUCAGGGCCAGACAACUCCUCCCAAUCUCAAACAAGUUCUCCUUUAUCCAGUAGACGCCCACGUAAGCCCAUACUGCGACUGCCAUCAGCUUCAGCUGCUUCCGAAGUCUUCUCAAUGGUCAACAAUGCAUCACCACUGCAUCUGACCACCCCGACACCAUUCUCAUUGAAUUACGUCAACAGUACAAACAACAUCAUGUUCCAGACAGAAGACACGUCAAAGCUGUGCAACGCAGAAGAAGAUUCUGUGGAAAUGGACGGUGUAACCAACCGUUCCUGCAGAACCUCGGAGUUGUGA